UAUUUUUUCUUUUUCAUGAUUUUGUCCCAUUUAGUUCGCUUCUCUCCAUUUCUUGUGGAACCUUAGCUCCUCAACUACCUCAACAACCUUUAGUUCCACCUUUUCUUCCUGCUAUUGACCUCCUGUGUCAACCGGAUUGUCUACAACUCAGCAGCUGAAUCUUGGAAGUUUCCACCAGUCCUUGCCGGUUUUCGGUAUGGGACUGCUGAGCGAUGACGUCGUUUUGAUCCAUAAAGGAAAGAAGCCAGGAGAGCCUUGUGUUAUCACCGUCAAUUGCCCCGAUAAGACCGGCCUUGGAUGCGAUAUUUCUAGAAUAAUCCUUGAUUUCGGCCUUUAUAUUAAUAAAGGAGAUGUUUCGACCGAUGGGAUAUGGUGUUACAUAGUUUUAUGGGUGAUACCUUAUUCCAGCUCACUUAUAGUGAAAUGGUCAAAUUUGAAGAACCGGCUUGCAUCGAUAUGCCCAUCAUGUUCGGUGUCUUUUUUUCUCAAUGAGCAGCCUUCAUGCUCCUCAUCAUCUCCAGUUUAUCUGUUGAAGUUCUUUUGCCUUGACCGAAGAGGAUUAUUACAUGAUGUAACGCAAAUUCUUAGUGAGCUUGAGCUUAGCAUCCAGAGGGUGAAAGUGACAACAACUCCAGAUGGCAGAGUCUUGGACCUCUUCUUUGUAACAGAUAACAUGGAGCUUCUACAUACUAAAGAACGACAACGUGACACUUUGGCACAAUUGCAUGCUGUAUUAGGUGAAUCAUGUAUUACAUGUGAACUUGAUCUGGCAGGUCCUGAGUAUGAAUGUAAUCAGGGGAUGACGUCACUUUCUCCUACAGUUGCUGAAGAACUAUUUAGAUGUGAAUUUUCAGAUAACCAAAGCCACUCUCAAGCUCUUAGUCCGGACAUGACUAAAUUGAAGAAAGCCAAUGUAAUGGUAGACAAUUCAUUAAGCCCAGCUCAUACAUUACUUCAAAUUCAUUGUGCUGAUCACAAAGGACUCCUAUAUGAUAUUAUGCGAACUCUAAAAGACUGCAAUAUCCAGAUAGCAUAUGGUCGGUUCUCAGAGAAUAAACAAGGCUAUCGUGAUUUAGACCUAUUUAUUCAGCAAAAGGAUGGGAAAAAGAUAGUGGAUCCUGAAAAGCUGGGUGCAUUGUGUUCUCGGUUAAAGGUGGAAAUGCUUCAUCCAUUGCGUGUUAUCAUUGCAAACAGAGGGCCAGAUCCUGAGCUGUUGGUUGCCAAUCCAGUUGAGCUAUCUGGAAAUGGAAGACCACUUGUUUUCUAUGAUGUCACACUUGCUCUAAAAACUCUUGGCAUCUGCAUUUUCUCGGCUGAAAUUGGGAGGCAUUUAGCAUCAGAUCGUGGAUGGGAGGUCUACAGAUUUCUAUUGGAUGAGAAAUCGAAUGCGGUGGCUAGAACUCAGAUUGUAAAUAGAGUUAGAAGAAUAUUGAUGGGCUGGUGAGUUUAUUAAUAUUGUCUCUACCAGGAUUACAGUUAUCAUCAUUAAACACUUUUUCUUGCUGUCUUGGAGCGUUUUGGGCAUAACCGUUCGAUCUCCUCUGAUUGCUGAUUGUAUGUGAAGCCAUUUUCAUUUGUUGGGUGUCAGAAAGUAGUUAUGAGUAAUAUAUGUAUAGUUAUGGCAGAAUAAAAGAAUAUGUCUGUACGUUACUCCAAUUCCUAGAUGGUCUUUACUAAAUUGCAAGUGCUCGAUACUCGCUAUAUGUCCCAUGCGAGCAUUGUUCUUUGGGGAAAUGCUCUGAAGUUUGAAUCCUCACACUUCAAAUAUAUAUCUAUACUAUAAUUCUAUACUAUAAAGGAGAAGUGAAGUGACUUUUGGUCCCUUUUUUACUGUUUAUUUUGGUCCAAAGCGGCACUCUUCCCAUGUGUUUUGCCAA